AUGAUCAGUAGUGAAUCAUACUCGUUUCAUCGAACGCAAAUCGAUCAACCUUGCUAUUUUAUAGAUACCCACAGGCGCACUAAAACGAUACACACGCACAAGCAUUCAACUGUAUAUCUCUACCUCCUGACAUUUAGUUUUUGUAAAAGUGUGUGUUUUGAAGUCCAUACGAUGACGAUCAUAGAUCGAAUAACGGAUACUGUUCGUUCACUAGUACCAGGUGGCGCACAAAAGAAGAAAAAACAAAAAAGUGGUGAUGAUUUUGAAAAUUUGAAAAAAGAAGUUACAAUUGAUGAUCAUAAAAUAACAUUAGAAGAACUAGUUCAACGAUACGAAACAAAUAUCGAACAAGGCUUGUCAAGUGAAAAAGCUCGACAGUUGUUGGAAAAGAAUGGCCCGAAUGCAUUGACACCUCCGCCUGAAGUACCCGAAUGGGUGAAAUUCGCAAAAUUACUUUUUGGUGGCUUCUCUGGCUUGCUAUGGGUUGCUGCUAUACUCUGUUUGAUCGCUUAUGGUGUGCAAGUCGGUACAGAUCCAACAACACCCAAAGAUAACUUAUGGUUAGGCAUUGCACUGAUAGUCGUCGUCUUUAUUACAGCUGUAUUUGCUUAUUAUCAAGAAUCGAAAGCUGGGAAAAUUAUGGAGUCGUUUAAAAAGAUGGUUCCUCAACAAGCUGUUGUACUACGUGACGGUCAUAAAAUUGAAAUAUCUGCGGCGGAGUUAGUCGUUGGAGAUAUUGUUUUUGUUAAAAUCGGAGAUAAAACGCCAGCAGACAUUCGAGUAUUAUCAUCACAAAGUUUCAAAGUCGAUAACUCAUCAUUAACUGGUGAAAGUGAACCAUUAGCUCGAUCACCUGAUUGUACACAUGAUAAUCCCCUUGAAACAAAAAACCUUGCAUUUUUCAGUACAUUUGCUGUUGAAGGUGCAUGCACUGGUAUGGUUAUUCGAAUUGGUGAUGAAACUGUUAUGGGUCGUAUCGCUGCAUUAGCUAGCGGUCUCGGUACUGAUAUGUCACCGCUGAAUGUUGAAAUUAACCAUUUCGUUCAUAUUGUUACUGCUGUAGCUGUAACUUUUGGAAUUAUUUUUCUCAUUAUUCUACUUGCCAUUGGCACAGGUGUUCUACGCGCAAUCGUUUUCGUCAUUGGUAUUAUCGUCUCAAACGUUCCCGAAGGUCUUCUGGCAACUAUUACUGUCAUGUUAGCUCUUACAGCACAACGUAUGGCGAAAAAGAAGUGUCUAGUAAAAAAUUUAACUGCUGUAGAAGCUCUCGGUAGUGUCUCAACGAUAUGUUCUGAUAAAACGGGUACAUUGACACAGAAUCGUAUGACAGUCGCACAUUUAUGGCUUGACGGAGCCAUCGCAGCUGUGAACUUAUCGCAUACGCAUGAUGCAGAAUUAGCCUUCGAAAAUCCACUAGUUGAUCCGAAGACAGGAGAAGAAACCAAAACAGUCAAACCAGAUCGGCCAGGAUAUCAAGCACUUCUACGGUGUUCUAUGUUAUGCGCAAAAGCUGUUUUUAAACCUGACGAAGAAAACAUGAGUAAACCACCGUUACAACGUACAGUACAAGGUGAUGCUAGUGAAACAGCUAUUCUUCAGUUCGGUGAAAUCGUUCACGGACAAGUUGAAGAGUAUCGUGCGAAGAAUAAGCGCGUUUGUGAUAUUCCAUUCAACAGUGCCAAUAAAUAUCAAGUAUCUGUACAUGAAACCAAUGAUGGCGAUGAAAGACAUUUAGUAGUGAUGAAAGGUGCACCUGAACGAAUACUUGAACGAUGUCAAAAGAUUUUCAUCAACAAUACAGAACUAGAUUUGAACGACGAAUGGAAACAGAAAUUCAAUGAUGCUUACAUGGAAUUAGGCGGUUUAGGAGAGCGUGUGCUUGGUUUUUGCGAUUUAAGAUUACCAUUAGGAAAUUUUCCACGAGGUUUCAGUUUUGAUCCUGAUAAUGUAAAUUUUCCAUUGAGAGGUUUACGUUUUCUUGGUUUCAUUACAAUGAUUGAUCCACCACGACCUGGUGUCGCUGAUGCCGUAGCUAAGUGUCGUACUGCAGGUAUCAAAGUUAUUAUGGUUACUGGUGAUCACCCAAUCACGGCUAAAGCAAUCGCUCGAGGCGUUGGUAUAAUUACAUCCGACACAGCACAAGAUUUAGCGAAACGUCUUAAUAUAUCUCCCGACGAUGUGGACCCACGAGAUGUUCGUGCUAUUGUUGUAUCUGGUGCUGAAUUAGCUGAGUUAUCAUCUCAGCAGUUAGAUGAAGUUUUGAUAUUCCAUCCGGAAAUAGUCUUUGCUCGAACAUCGCCUCAACAAAAGUUAAUUAUUGUCGAAGGUUGUCAACGGCAAGGCUGGAUUGUUGGCGUCACAGGUGAUGGUGUCAAUGACUCACCUGCUUUGAAAAAAGCCGAUAUUGGUAUAUCUAUGGGUAUCACAGGUUCUGAUGUAAGCAAACAAGUUGCUGAUAUGAUCUUACUCGACGAUAAUUUCGCUACUAUUGUUACUGGUAUCGAAGAAGGUCGCCUGAUCUUCGAUAAUUUAAAAAAAGUUAUUGCUUAUACGUUCACCAAAAAUUUAGUCGAAUUACUACCGUUUCUUGUCUAUGUUGUUGCUGAUGUUCCACUUGCUCUAAGUACAAUCACUAUCCUAUGUAUCGACUUAGGUACUGAUAUCGUACCUAGUAUUUCUUAUGCAUACGAAGGAAUCGAAGCAGAUAUCUUGAAACGUCCACCGCGUAAGAAAACAGAUAAGAUGGUUACCAGUCAAAUGGUUACAUUAUGCUAUGGACAAAUUGCUAUGAUUGAAGCGAGUGGUGCUUUCUUUGCCUAUAUGGUUGUCAUGGCUGAGAAUGGCUUUUGGCCGUCGAGACUGCUCGGUUUACGUGAAGCGUGGGAAUCGACAUCUGUCAAUGAUCUACGCGAUAGCUAUGGACAGGAAUGGACAUACGAACAACGACACAAUCUUGAUUUGGCUGCUCAAACAGCUUAUUUCAUUGGUGUUGUUAUUCUCCAAUUUGCUAAUUUAUACGGAAAUAAAACAACGCGUCGAUCGGUCUUUCAACAGGGAAUAUUUAGUAACCGCUUUAUGAUAUUCGCUAUAUUUUUUACUAUCGCACUGGCUUGCUUUCUUCUCUAUGUUCCAACACUCAAUCGGGCACUCAAUCUUGCUCCAAAUCGAUUUCUUUGGUGGUUACCAGCAAUACCAUUUUUCUUCUAUUUGUUUGCAUUUAACGAGGCAAGAAAAUUCUUCAUUCGAAAAUAUCCUGGCCGAUAUCCAUCACGUCAACUUACUUACUGA